GGCGGGGCCGCGCGUGCGCAGGGCCGCCCCCUGGCGGCGCGGCGGAAGAUGGCGGCGGGCGGCCCCUCGCGGGCCCCGGAGCGGCGGCCGGACCCGCUGGCCCGCCUCACCUGCCCCGUGUGCCUCGAGGUGUUCGACAGCCCGGUGCGCGUCCCCUGCGGACACGUCUUCUGCACGCCGUGCCUGCAGGAAUGCCUGAAGCCCAAGAAGCCGGUGUGCGGGGUGUGCCGCAGCACCCUGACGCCUGGCACCAGAGCUCUGGACUUGGAAAAGCAGAUUGAAACCACAGAAACCACGUGCAACGGCUGCAACAAAAAAAUGUUCCUGUCCAAGAUGCGCAGCCACGCAGCCUCCUGCUCCAAGUACCAGAGCUACAUCAUGGAGGGGGUGAAAGCUGUCACCAAGGAGCCCCUGCACAACACCAGGAGCUUCCCAAAUCGCUUCACCUUCCCUUGCCCAUACUGCAGUGAGAAGAACUUUGAUCAAGAAGGGCUGGUUGAACACUGCAAAGCUUUGCACAGCAUGGAUGCAAAACAAGUGGUUUGCCCGAUUUGUGCCUCAAUGCCAUGGGGAGACCCCAAUUACAGGAGUGCCAACUUCAUGGAGCACCUGCAGAGGCGGCACCGCUUCUCCUACGACACCUUUGUGGAUUAUGAUGCUGAUGAGGAUGAUAUGAUGGCACAGGUUUUGAUGCGCUCCCUGCGGGACAAGUGAAUGAGUGAGUGAAUGAGCCAGGCAGAGGAUGUACUGCAAAGCCAAGCUUCCACGAGGGGGAGGUGCCCAGCAUCCUUGCACUUCUCCCUGCACAUCCCAAGAUUAACUCAGGCAUCCAGAAGUACAGAAGACUUUAAUCCUAUCUCAGUUUGAAAUCAUGGUUUGAUAUUUCUGUGCCAUUCCUUCUUUUGGUAUCAUGGUCUCUGACAUUCAGCCCUGUCAGCCCCAUUUUUCUACUUGCUUUGACUCAGUUCCAUUGUAGAUCAACACAUGAGAACCAAGGCUUUUUCCUUUACCUAUGCCUAUUGGUUUCUUAGGAAGUUAGGUCAAAUAAGACUGUCUAAAAUCAAAAACAUUCCAAAUGGAAUGGCCUGAACUUAAUAAAUAUCCUCCAAUCUCAUUUACAUAUCUCAAGUGAUUGUAUGUGAGGUGUACUGGUAGCUCUGUUCCCCUUUAGUGACACUUCAGGUGCUAACUGUAACUGUCAGACCAGCUUUCAUUGAAGUGACCUCUGAUACCUGUGAUUCCAUCAUUUUCCCAGUGUUUCAAUCCUUACAGGCAGCCUCCCAACUGUAUGGAAAACAUAUCUUCACUAUGAGUAUUCAAGCUGCAGACUUUCCUAGGAAAUCUUUGCACUGUGUAUAAACUAGAUCAAAAGACUUCAGUUCUAUGCAUGAUGAUUACUUUCCUCCAUACUCUUACUAUAAUUUCUAGCCUGGAAAAUGAUCUUUUGUGUUGGUCUUAGUUAAAAUGCAUAAUUUUUUAACUAUCUUAGCAAAUAUUAAUCAAAAUUGCUGGCUUUAUGAUUAAAUUGGUGGGUUUGAAACUGGUUUCCUAAUAAUUUUAAGCCUUAUGCUGAAGGGAAAUUCAGCAGGUUUUCUUCAAUACCUCGGCUUUCUAUUUAAACUAAAAUUUUCAUAUAUGUUCUUGGGUUUUCCACCUCUCAAGGCAAGCUGGUGGAAAAACUUAGAGUAAUUCAUAGCACUGGAUAGCAUUUCCUUUCUGCAUCACAGAUUUUAUCAGGUAUUUUGAAUUCCUCUUCUUCAUUUAAAUGUCCUAAAGUAGCUGAAGCUGUUCUGGCAGUGUGUGUGUAGAAUCAGGAGUAGCCUUCAAGGAAAAGUAAAACAGCCCUGAAAGCAGGACAGUUCCAGCCCCUCGUAGGUGGAUACUCUGUGUUCAAGCCUACACUUUUACCAUGGAGAUUCAUGAAUUUUAAUGUGAUGCUUUCAUUAAGUUCUCAGUCAGGCUGCUGAGAUCCAAGGCACUGAGCAGAGCCUGCAAAUCAUGGAGUGUUGAGAUGUCCAGUGGAAUUGUUGUAGUUGGAGCAGUGGGCCUGCACCACCCCAGAACUGAGUACUGAUUGAUUUGAGCAGUAACCUCCUCCCAUUGUGCUCUGCACACAGCAUAGCCUUACCCUGAAAAUAAUGAAACUCACUCCUGCUAAAACCUCGUGAUUGAGCCCUGUGUGCAGCCACCUCUGGCAGCUCUCAGCUGACCCUGGGCUUUGUGUUUCUUCCCCGUGGUUGGGGACUGGGAGCCCAGUGCUGUGGGGUGGGAGAUGUGGAGCCUCCUGGCUCUGUGGGGAAGUGCUGUGUUUGGGGGUGCUGUUUAAUGCCUGGCCUGCAGAGAGGUGAUGUUCUGUUGGGGGUUGGAUGGGGAUCCUGGGAUCUGGCUACAGUGCAGUUUGGUGAUGCCCAUUGCCAGGAAUCCAGAUUCCUGCUUCUGUUCUAAGUGCACUUCCAUGCAAUUCUAACAAAAUGUUUAAGGAGCAGUUAGAAGCUUCCAAGCAAUUACUUUGUCAUGUUUUUGACUUUUGGAGGCAAGUUACAAAUAAAGGCCAUUUAAUUUAUAAAAUCCUA